GCGUCCGUACGUCUCCAAACAUCCGGUCUUGGUUACAACGUUUCGGCGAACUGAAAAAUACAGAGAUAUCCUGAUGGAGACUGAAGCAGCUCAGCCAGAAGAGGGGUCCAAAACAUCUGCUACGCGCCGAACGAAAAAACCUGCCAUGGAAAUCUACGUGCCUAAGAAACGGCAGGCCGAGAAGAUGGAGAAGCCUCAGGCAGGGGGUGACAAGAAACCCAGACCCAGGCCCCAGUACACCGACAAGGCCCACAAGAACAAGAAGGAUCAAGCCAAAGCGACAGAGACCCCAAACGAAGAGGUAAAACAGGAGGAGGGAGAUAAAGAAAACCUGAACAUGCACACAGAGUCUAGAGAAGAUACGGACAGUGUAUCCAGAACUAUGAACACAUCAGAGGACACAGGUACUGCACUAAAACAUGAAGAGGUCCCAAAAGAUAAGGAGGAGGAAGAAAAGAACUGGGAUUCUUUCUUAAAUGAUUAUGGUGACUGUCUUGACCCACAUUUAAUAGAGGAGAUGUCUCUUAAGGAAGGCCGCAAGAAGCCGUCGAUACAGGAGCCACGCUUCGACUACUACAACUGGACGCCGCAGGAGGAGGUGGAGCUUCGGGAUGAUGAGCUGUCACACAUCGUGGAGAUUUAUGACUUCCCAUCUGAGUUCAGGACAGAGGACUUGAUCAGAUCCUUCAGCUCGUGCCAGCAGAAGGGGCUUGACAUCAGCUGGAUUGACGACACGCAUGCCCUCGGUUUGUUCUCCAGUCCCAUCGCAGCUCGAGAUGCUCUGAGGAUGAAGAACCCCAUGAUGAAGGUCAGGCGUCUCUCCAAAUCAUCAAACGCCACUAAAGCCAAAGCGCGCAGCGUCUCCGAUUACCUGCUGCCGGCUAAAGAGCGUCCUCGGACGAGUGCGGCUAUGGCACGCCGUCUGGUGAUCGGGGCUCUGGGCGUGAAGAGUCACCAGACCCGAGAGGAGCGAGAGGCUGAGAGGAACAGACUACGGCAGAACAAAAGCAGCGUGAAGACGCCUGGGAGGGCAGAUGAAGCAGGAGUGGGAGCUUCGGCAGGACGGUCUACACCAAAGCCACAAGAAGAGGGACGCAGGGGUUCAUCGAAGCCACACACUUCAACAGGGACGCUUUCUAAUCUUUCCUAUUGAGAUUUGUUUUGAACUGAACUUUUCCCUGUAAAUGUUUGAUUGUUUUUAGUUUGGAAAGGCCUUUUUAAUGUAUUUUUGUGAAUGUUUUUCUUUUUGGUGACUAAAACAAACUACACAUGGCAGUGUGAUUUCAGUCGUAUUUUUUUGCCUCAUUAAAGAGAAAAGUCGACACUGAAAGCUGAUAAUGUCUUUCAUGACACUAAAUUGUGUAAAUGAGUGAUUCUCAAAAUGUCAACUAAAAAAAAAGUAUGUCAAGGAUAACGUUAUCCUUGAUUUUUUUUUUUUUUUGUUUGUAAGAAUGGGAUUAGACUGAAGUCAAUUGUGGACAUUUUAUUUAAUCCCACUCAAGUCUUUUUCAAACCAUCAGCACAUUCUAAAAGGAAUUUUUUUUUUUUGUAUAUGUUCUUUCAUUAUUACUGUAAAUACUGUGCUGUUAAUCUCUGAAAGGUUUUGUUUAGCUACUAAAUUGAGAGAUGCACUUUUUUAAUGCCUGUUGUUCUCAGAUGUUGGUGCACUUGUAUUCCCAGUUAUGCUCGGAAUAA